AUGUCGCAACUCAAUGUGCAACUCGGACAUAUGUUUGGUGAUGCCGCUCAGGAGUUUUGCAAUAAGCACGGUAUAUCCAUGGACAGCAUUGACCUCAUCGGAUCACAUAGACAGACCAUCUGGCUUCUGUCUAUGCCGGAAGAGGGAGAGACACGUUCUGCAUUUUGCCUCGGGGAGGGCACAGUCAUUAGUGCCGUUACUGGUGUCACAACUGUCACAGACUUCCGAAUGGCGGAACAAGCCGUGGGUAGACAGGGGGCCCCAUUGGUUGCUCUGAUUGACGGCCUUCUGCUCCAUCAUCCGAUGAAGUGGCGGAUCUGUCAGAAUAUUGGCGGCAUUGCCAAUCUUUGUGUCAUUCCUCCCGAUUCCGAAGGUGGAGUUGACGCCAUGGUAGACUGGGACUGCGGCCCGGGUAACAUGUUUAUCGAUAACGCUAUGAGGUAUUUUACCAAUGGCGAUAUGGAAUACGAUAGAGAUGGCGAGUGGAGUGCCAAAGGCAUUGUGCGCCAGGACAUUGUUGAUGAGUUCCUGAGUACAAACCGAUAUUGUACCCACGUUCCUCCCAAGACCACAGGACGAGAGACAUUUGGGGAUAAUGAAGGCCAGGAACUGAUUGACAAGUGUCUUGCUGCUGGUUGCGAUAAGUACGACAUGCUAGCAACUAUUACUCGUAUAACGGCCCAGAAUAUCAUCAAGCAAUACCGAACAUUCUUCCCCCGCUUUGGCAUCAGCGUGGACCAGAUUGCAGAGAUUUAUAUGUGCGGCGGUGGUGCCCGAAACCCGACAAUCAUCAAAUACCUCAAGGAGCAGCUUCCGGAUACAGAGAGUCGGGCACUAGAUGAAACUGGAGUCCCAUCUGAUGCUAAAGAGGCAGUUUCUUUUGCUCAGCAAGCCAUGGAGGCUAUCUUGGGGCGGUCAGCUCUGGUUCCCGUCAAUAGUGACAGUCUAGUGCCCAACACUAUUUCGGGUAAGAUUGCUCCUGGCAAGAAUUGGCGUGAGAUUAUGACACUGAGUGUUAAGUUUGGGGAGGGUCGCUUGACCUUGCCUACAGUGAAGGAAAUGAUUGUAGAACGGCCCUAUACUGCAUGGAAAGCUAUGCAAGCUUUUGACUAA